GGAAUGAAAAAAGCUGAUUGCUGACAGUAAUCAAUAAAGCAGGAAAGAUACUAUUGUUAACGCAUGGCUGUGUAUGGGAUGGGAAUACCCUGUGAGGUCUGCACUGCCUAUGAAUUUCAAUGUCCUUCUAAAGAGGAUUUCAGACAAGCUGCUCGACUGCCUCUCAUCUCUGGAAUACAUUGAACUGAAGGACUGCUGAGCUAGAAUGGAAAUCAGGCGCUGCCUUCCAGAGCAUGCAGAAAGAUCAGCCCAUGACAUUUAGCAUUUGGGAGAAAGCGUACCAAAAACUUACACCCCUUUCAUUGCUCUGACAACACGUUGGUCAAAAUGUCGAGCGUUGAAUUGCCUUUUGUUUCAUUUCGUAAGAAAUGGAUAUGCAAAAAGGAAACUUGAAGAGCAUGCAAAUAACCGACUAACCAGGGAAUGGACCAAGUUUUCUGUCAGCUACAACAAGGAUUCCGAGUUCAGUCACAAGAUUUCUGUCAUGUAUUUGAUGACGUUAUGAGGAGGAAAAAGACAUUUUGGAAUUGCUUGUUUCCUCUUUCUUGGACAAUGGAUGGGGAGACUUUACCUUCCACCCUGUUGCCUACAUUGAAUGCUUCUUAUGGUUCCUCAAUGACACUAGAGCAGAAGACAACAUUUGCCUUUGUGAUUUUAUUGUUCAUUAUUUUGGGUGUCCUUAUUGUUAGAUGUUUCCGCAUUCUUCUUGAUCCGUACCGCAGCAUGCCAACAUCUACCUGGGCAGAUGGUGUAACUGGACUAGAAAAGGGGCAGUUUGACUAUGCACUCGCCUAGUAACCAAUUUAAACUAAAUACAUGCCUAUUUGGAUCGGAUUUUAGUCCAAAGAAAAUAUGAUAAAUCAAGGCUGUCCGGUACAAACUAAGGGGAACAUGGAGAUAUAACCCAUAUGUGUAUGAUAGGAAAAGCUACAAUAUUUUUAUAAUAAGAUCUUCGAUGGAACAGUGAUGACCCAUUUAAAGAAUCUUUUAAUUAUAUAUAUUUAUACCACAAUUUAAAGCUGAUAGUUCAACAAUAGAACAUGCAUUCAGUUACUGACCUUCAAUAAUGUCAUUAAAUUCAAUAAAUGUGUGUAUGACUUACACGGUCCUUGUCAGAUAGUCUACAGAUGAUUUUAUGAGCAAAGAGAAAUUUUGACUUCAGCACUUGAAUCAAAAUGAGGAUACUGGGAACAUGCAACGGUUAUAGAUUUGUCCCACACUGAACAUAAGACACCGUGGUCUACAUGGUUUACACUGUCAAUCAUGUCAAGCUAUACAGACAUAGAAUAUGAAGAAAUGACCAAAGACCACACGCAAGAAAGUUCUGUAUGGAUUGCUCUUUAAUUUUGAAGGAUCUACCUAUUGUGCCCGUCUACAUGAAAAUGCUGCCAUAUAAACCAACAAGAAUGUGUGCUUCAGAGGACUGGGUGGAGAAGGACACAUGACAAUCUUAUAUACUGAAGUCCUCUGCAAAUCUAAUUCGUUUACAACAUGAACUACCAGUAGCUCUUUCUCAACCAGAUUCAAGCCUUACCGUUUAGCAGACACCAGAGCUGUAAAGCAGCUAGAGAUCACAAAUGCAUGUUUUGUCAUAAAACACCACGCUGUUCUAAUAUAGAGACUAAAACCCAAGUGCCAAUGACAGGACUACAAACUGACACACUGUUUGAUGAAGACAACAAAGUAGCGGGAAGGAAUAUUGGUCUUAUUUUAUUUUUUUUAAUAAAAGCAGGAUUAUCUACUUAAAGACCUACCGGUAUUGGCAUAUGAAUCAAUUGUUUAAAUAGUCUGUAUUUUAGUGCUACAUAAACAAUACAAAAUGUACUUCCUAA